AUGCAUUCGCACCAUCAUUACUACCGUUUCCCCGUCGAUUUCAGCGAUCUCCUGGCUUCGGAAUCCCCUGCUCGGCCCCGAGGCCAUCGGACUGACUCCAGUAAAUCAUUGUUAAAUCCGAAACCCGACUUUUUCAACCAAUUUGAAGGUUUUAUCGACAAUACUGAGACUACAUCGGCUUCUUCUUUGUCAUCAUAUCGGAGAUCGUACCAUCCGAGGAAAUGGAUAUGUCUAAAUCUCUUGGCUUUACUUAUUCUACUGCUAGCUGGACUGGCUUUGCUCUACACUUACAGCCGGACCCCAUUGACUUGCCCAACGCAAACAUUUAUCGACAACAGCACUCGAUAUUAUGAUGAGAAAUUCAUUAGUGAAAUGCUGAUGAAUUUGAUCGAUUCAAAGAGAAUACGAGAGAACCUUCGCUGGCUGACCAAUGAUGUUCAUGUGGCCGGAACCAAGACCCAGUUAAGUCUGAUGGAUCGGAUCGAAGAUGAGGUAAUUUGAAUUUGAUUUAUUAUUCAAAUUAUUAAAAGAUCGGGCGCCGCAAUGGGCUGAUUAAUGGGCCAUUCGAACUUUAUAUUAUCCAUCAUUGUUUCUGAGGGAAAUUGGAUAAAUUGGUUAAGAUUUUGAUCUAACAAAAAAUUUAUACUCCGCGUACAAUGUUUUGACCCCCCUCCUAACUCGGCCCAAAGUGUACUAAUCCGGACCAAAUUUGGUAUAUAGUCUACUCGCAGGCUAGUAACAAAAAAUAACAUAGCAGGGCAUACCUUAUAGUUGAAUUGCAAGAUCCAGGAGCAAUUUUCAAAAAUCACCUUAAAAAAUCGAGGAAAAAGUUUUGACCCCCCUUAAAUAAAGUUAGAUAUCGCCAGCGGAUAUCGCCCAAACCUCUCGUAAUCGACGUCUCAUACCUGAAUACAGGUCAAUAAAUGGUUUUCCGUUGAAUCCUUCGUUGCAUUUGAGGAUUCAACGCGUUAAACCGUUUUUGAUGUAGAGCUGCCCAAAAUGGUAAAAAUCUUGCCCUAGAGCUUUCCAAUAGCUCUAAAUUGGAUUUAGAUUAUGUGAUUUAGACCUGUAUUCACCUUCUCCUUUCAAUAAAAGUGCAUGGUGACCUGGCGGUGUAGAUCCGGCAGAUACCCUCUUGUCAUGCCCAGCUUUGGCGACUCAUUAGCUUUCUGACCUAGGGGCUAGAUAUGGUCGUUAGGUUCUCAAUGCAAUCCUGAGACUCCUACUUACUCUCAAACAAAGAAUAAACUCCCACUGACACGAUCUCAUAUGGUUUGCAGGCGCAACUUUGCCGAUCUGCACCUUAACCAGAAAACCGAGUUUUUCAAAUGGAUUUUUACUGACGAAAAAUGGCUUGCAUUAGAUGGCCCACGUAAUUUAAGAAGCUACGGCAACCGCCGUAUACGUUUGAGACGUAUCGAACGCCAAAUCGCCCGCGGGGAUCUGAUCGUCCUCAGGGGCAUCUACAGUAACGGCAAACGCAAGAUUAAGCUGAAUGAAACCCAUUACAAAACGUGUCAAAUCGAAGCAUUUUACAUUACUGAGUGUAAACAGGAGUCUCAGGAUUACAUUGAGGACCUAACGGCCACACCUAGCCCUUUACUCAGAGAGCAAAUGGGUCGCCAAGGCUGGACAUGACAAUUGGAUAUCGGCCGAAUCUACACCGCCAGGUCACCAUGCACUUUUAUCGAAAGCAGAAGGUGAAUACAGGUCUAAAUCACAUAAUCUAAAUCCAAUUUAGAGCUAUUGGAAAGCUGUAGGGCUAGAUUUUUACCAUUUUGGGCAGCUCUACAUCCAAAACGGUUUAACGCGUUGAAUCCUCAAAUGCAACGAAGGAUUCAACGGAAAACCAUUUAUUGACCUGUAUUCAGGUAUGAGACGUCCAUUACGAGAGGUUUGGGCGAUAUCCGCUGGCGACAUCUAACUUUAUUUAAGGGGGGUCAAAACUUUUUCCUCGAUUUUUCAAGUUGAUUUUUGAAAAUUGCUCCUGGAUUUUGCAAUUCAACUAUAAGAUAUGUCCUGCUAUGUUAUUUUUUGUUACUACCCUGUGAGUAGACUACAUACCAAAUUUCGUCCGGAUUAGUACACUUUGGGCCGAGUUAGGAGGGGGGUCAAAACAUUGUACGCGGAGUAUAUAAUCUUUAAAAUACGGCGUAAAGAGGAAACAAAAUCUUCAAAAAAUUUUUUAAUUUUCAGUACAAAAGCCUCGGAUUCAAAGUGAAGACAUUUGAGUAUGAGGCGCUACUGUCCUAUCCCGAUGAGAGCAGACCAAAUUCAGUUCACUUAUGGUCCGAUUCAGAGGGAUGGAUAACUAUUUCAAAGGGAAUUGGAACUCCAAUUGGGCCUGGAACGGUAAGAAGACGGUUGCUUGCAAAGAUUGUUGAAUAUCUCGGCCAGAAUUGCAAAGAAAAUUCUAAAAUUUUUUGUGAAUGAGACGUGGCAUAAAAACCCUUAACUCAUGUCAAAGUUUUACUCUUAUCUUUCCAAUUUAUCACUCUUCCAGAAACGCGAUCCCCUAGGUUCGCUAUGGUGGAAUGCCUAUUCUGGGAAUGGAACCGUCUUUGCUCCAGUUGUUUAUUGCAAUUAUGGAACAGAAGAGGACUUUACAUUACUCUUGGAGGCUGGAGUAAAGCUCAAAGGAAAGAUUCUGCUGAUUCGAUAUGGCGCUAAAUUCCGAGGGGACAAGGUGUUCCUGGCUGAACAGCUUGGAGCAGUUGGUGUUCUCCUUUAUAGCGAUCCCUUCGAUUUUGCUCCGGAGAACCCGCAUAAUAACAUGGUAAUAUAUUGUAUACCUGAGCACAUAAAGAGCUAUUAAAUGGUACUGUAUGUACUUCUUUUUUAGACCUAUCCCGACCAAAUCUGGCUACCCGGCACUGACGCUCAACGAGGAACUCUGUUAAGGUUCAAUGGCGAUCCAGAGACUCCGACCUUCCCUUCAAAACCUUACGUUCAUAGAGUAAAGCAGCACGAUCUCAAAGACGAAGGAUUCUUGCCCACAAUCCCAGUAAUGCCCUUAGGAUAUAAUGAUGUAAAAAGUUUAAUGGAACAUAUGGAUGGAGUUUCUGUGCCUGUAAGAAAGUUUUUAAAGUUAUCCUGAAGCAUACACAUCGACUACUUAAUAAAUACCCUUUCAAUUUUCAGUGGUCUCGCUGGUCUGGAAGUCUCCCAGUCCAAUACAAACUCAAUUCCACUGUUCGUUUCCGUCUCGAUGUGAACACUCGACUGGAACGAGGCCCCAUCAAGAAUGUCAUCGCGGUUUGGCCGGGCCGCGAAGAGCCGGAUGAAUGGAUUUUGCUGAGUAAUCACGUCGAUGCCUGGAGCAAUGGAGCCAUUGAUCCGAACAGUGGGACUGCUGUGAUGUUAGAGCUAGCCAGAGUCGUCCAACAAGUACAUUCUUCAACGGAUUGGCGACCCAAAAGGUCUUUAGUUUUCUGCCAAUGGGAUGCCGAAGAGUUUGGGUUAAUCGGAUCAACCGAAUUUGUGGAAGAAAUGCAAAACACCUUGGCGGAUCGGGCUGUGGGCCUUGUGAAUGUCGAUAAUAUCAAUGGAAAUUCUACUUUGACGAUAAAAGCGGUCCCACUGAUGUAUAGGGCACUGUCUAGAGCAGCUGGAAGAGUAAAACAACCGAAUGAUUUGGAAAUAGAGAAAGGAAGGAAGACUCUGCUUGAUUCCUGGAAGUACCAUUCAGCGAAGGGAGCAUUGCCUGGAGAUAAAAGCGUACCAGCAAUUAGUCAUCCACUGGGUGGCUCAGAUUUUCAACCAUUCAUUGGUAAGGGAGUUUAUAUCGUUUCUAACAGCUUCCUUAUUUUUCAUAGUGUCUCUUCAGUCGAGAUCAUUGAAUGCCGCGAGAUCUCGAAUCUCGCGGCAUGCUAGGAGUUAAAACUUUCUGCCAUAAAUUUCAGGCUUAUUUAGAGCAUCCUGACACUCUUAUAAAAGAAUCUAAACUUAAAAUUUUUGGAAGCUCUAUCGACAACAUCUGAUCUCAAGUAUAUAUAACAAAAAACAUUCUACAAUUUGAUUUUCAGGUUCAUUAGGAAUUCCUGUGGCCGAUAUUCGUAUGGAAGGAGCUCCACAAUACACCUUUAUGCUCUACCACACCAUCUACGAGACCUCGUGGACAGUGGAAAAUCUGGUCGAUCCGACGGGUCAAGUGUUCCGCGCUAUGGGUCAAUUCUGGAUGGAAGUGGUCAGAGAUCUGGCGGAUAGUAGAGUGAGUCUUUCUGAGAUUUUUAAAAUUUGAAUGCUGCCAAAAUAUUUGUUUCUGAGAUCAAAAUUAUAUUACCCAUGUUGGAUUUCGUGUAAAAAUUAGAGAAAGCCCCAUAAAUUGCGUCAAAACGAUUUCGUAUUUUAGAUACUGCCCUACGAUGUGAACGACUACUCUGUUGUCAUCUCUGAAGGUGUUUUCUUUCUCGAAAAAUAUCUUAGAACUCUCAAUAUCGACAAAAUAGUCAAAGAUUUUGACCAAAUUUUCGAAAAUCUCCACGAAUCGGUAUUAAAGUUGCGUAAUUCGGCCGCGAAAUUUACCCAGAUGAUCCACGAAAUCUCACAUCGACCCGAGUUAGUGGACGACUCCAGAAUUCGGCGGAUAAACCGGCGGCUUAAAGGCAUCGAAAAAUGCUUUUUAUCGACCGGUAAUGAGCGAGCUUCCCAUCGUCAUCUUGUCUUCCGACCCUCUUGGAGGGACAAUUUGAAUGGCCAGAUGUUUAAUGGAGUUCUGGAGCUGGCCUUGGAGCUGACCGAAGAGGAGAAAAGAGAUGACGAACUGACAGAUCAACUGAUCUGGGAGAUGAAUCGAAUUCAAUUGGCGGUGGAGAGUGCGGUGCAUUUCCUUGAUCUCAUUUGA